AAAAGUACCCUUAUGUACCAUGUAAAGGUUCUCUUCUUAUAAAGCAACACACAAGAGCAAGAAAUCUCCAUAACAAGAGAGAGAAACCAAUUUUUUCAGUGAGUGAGCUAAGAUAAGAAAAAUGUCAAAAGAAGUGAGUGAAGAAGGAAGACAUGGCAAAGACUACGUUGAUCCACCUCCAGCUCCACUUCUAGACAUGGCUGAGAUUAAGCUCUGGUCUUUCUACAGAGCUAUCAUCGCAGAGUUCAUAGCCACUCUCCUCUUCCUCUACGUAACCGUAGCUACAGUCAUUGGCCACAAGAACCAAACCGGUCCUUGUGACGGUGUUGGUUUACUCGGCAUUGCGUGGGCCUUUGGUGGCAUGAUCUUUGUCCUCGUCUAUUGCACCGCCGGUAUCUCCGGAGGUCACAUUAAUCCAGCUGUGACGUUUGGUCUGUUCUUGGCUCGUAAAGUGUCGCUCCUUAGAGCAGUUGCUUACAUGGUGGCUCAAUGUCUUGGAGCUAUUUGUGGAGUUGGACUCGUUAAAGCCUUUAUGAUGACUCCAUACAAACGUCUAGGUGGCGGAGCUAACACCGUGGCUGAUGGUUAUAGCACCGGAACUGCUCUUGGUGCUGAGAUUAUUGGCACAUUUGUCUUGGUCUACACUGUCUUCUCUGCCACUGACCCUAAAAGAAGCGCGCGUGACUCUCACGUCCCGGUUUUGGCUCCGUUACCUAUUGGGUUUGCUGUGUUUAUGGUGCAUUUGGCUACUAUCCCAAUCACUGGAACUGGAAUUAAUCCAGCUAGGAGCUUUGGUGCUGCUGUUAUCUACAACAAUGAGAAAGCUUGGGACGACCAUUGGAUCUUUUGGGUUGGACCAUUCGUGGGAGCAUUAGCAGCAGCAGCAUACCAUCAAUACAUCUUGAGAGCUGCAGCAAUCAAAGCCUUGGCUUCAUUCCGAAGCAACCCAACCAAUUGAUGAUGAAUGAGACUUCUUACAACAAUUUGAGCUCUGUUUUGUGUGCUUAGUGAGAGAUAUUUGUGUGUUUUAAUUUGAUGUAAUCGGAUUUAUUCAUUUUCAAUAGUUUAGUUUGGUUUAAUUCAUCUUUGUAUCGUUGCUUUCUUUCAUGUAGGACAUCUUAUGAUUCACUUUUUAUAUUAUAGUCCGAAUUAAAACAUUUAUUAAAAC